UUCAGGUGUUGUUCAAUUUCAUCAAAAUCGAUCUCUACGAUUUUUGAAAUCUCGAAUGCUUCUUCUUCUUCUAGAGUGACACGUUUGUGUUGGCCAAGCUUCAGAACACCUUCUCAUCGAGAGUUUCGAGAGACAUGAGCGGCGCUCGACUUGAAUUCCAGAACCCUAUAGAGGAUUCCAUUUCGAAGCUCAAAUUCUCACCAGAGUCAAACAAUCUCCUUAUCGCUUCUUGGGAUUCCUAUCUGAGAUUGUAUAAUGUAGAGAGCUCUUCGCUAAUCUUACAACUGUACUCUCGUGCCGCUCUUCUCGACUGCUGUUUCGAGAACGAAUCAACUUCCUACACCUCUGGCUCCGAUGGAUUCAUCCAAAGGUACGAUUUAAACGCUGGAACAGUUGAUAGAAUUGGUAGACAUGACGGCAUUGCCACAUCUGUUCUCUACUCUCUUGAUAAAGGUGAAGUUAUCUCUACUGGCUUGGAUAAGAAGAUCAAAUUUUGGGAUACACGACGAGGACAAAGUCUUGUUCUUUCUACUGAUGCUGGUGCUCCAGUCAGAUGCAUCACUGUUAAUGGAAACAACUUAGUGGUUUGCGUAGCGGCAUCAAUGCAUAUAUAUGAUUUGCGUAGCUUAGAUCGACCUUUUCAGUCUUAUGAAUCACAAGUUGAGGUGCCUAUCAGAUGCCUCACCUCUGUACCUUUCUCCACUGCAGGAUAUGCAGUUGGCUCAGUAGAUGGACAAGUAGCCUUGGAUUUCCCCAAUACAGCAUGCUCUAGUGAGAUGAAAUACACUUUCCGAUGCCAUCCCAAAUCUAUGAAAGGAAGACUCCAUGGUGCAUGCAUAAACGCUAUUGAGUUCACUCCAGGUGGAUCAGGGACUUUUGUGACUGGUGACAAUGAAGGCUAUGUUAUCUCAUGGAAUGCUAAAAGCAGAAGAAGACUCUUUGAGUUGCCAAAGUACUCAAAUAGCGUCGCGUCUUUGGCAUUUAACCACACUGGAGAACUCUUGGCGGUUGCAUCAAGCCACACUUACCAAGAAGCUAACGAGAAGGAAGAACCUCCCCAAGUGUUCAUACACAAGUUUUAAAAGAUUGGUGGCUUCUUGAAUCUCAGGUUAAUCAAAGCAUGACUCUCUUUUUUUUUUCCUAGCUAUUUAGUUUGAAUCUCUGUGUGUUACUUGGUAGAUGGGUAGCACGUUAACCAUGGCAAGUAUGUUUUAUGGUAUUUAGAAGUUGCUAGACUUGUGGAAUGUUAAGCUCCCACAUGUAAGAAUCGUAUCUCUUAAGUCUCUCUCUAUGUUUGUAAACGUUCAUGUUGUCUUAUUCUUAGAGCUACAACACUUUGUCUAUUUGUCUUUCCCGUCCAUUUAUCUUAAAGAUGUAAUGAAAUUUUUUUCUCA